CCUAAUGGUCAGGGGUCCCUUUACCUUUUACUGUUAUCAUAGAGCUGGAAGGUUCCCCAAGGGUCAUCUAGUCCAGCCCCCAGGAAUCUUUUGCAAAGCGUGGAACUUGAACCCACAACCCUGAGCUUAAGAGUCUCAUGCUUCCAUCAACUGAGCUAUGCUAGCUAUCCAAUGGGAAAUGUUCCCCCCUGUGCUUAGUUACUGUGUGAGAAGGGACAGGGGACAGGAUGGCAGGAUGUGGGCCCAAACCAACCCAUAAGCCAGACAUUCCUCCGCUCCUGCCUUAGGGGCUAAAGUGGGGAGCCCAAUCCAAACUGGUGAUAGUGAGUAGGGAGCUAGGAGCAGUGUCAACUCCAAAUUAACUACCUGCUGGGAGUGGAAGACACUAUGUCUGAGGAGGUGGUAAAACGGGGAGUCAGCGACAAAGAAACCCACAGCUCCAUUGAACAUGGUGGGCUUUGGAGCACGAUCCUAUUCACAUUUCCUUGUGAGCAGGUCAACACGCUCUCUGACGCCUGUGCUGGAUAUCGGUUAUUCUUUGAAACUCUUUUGCCCCUCUGCCUUUUUUUCUUUAUCUGAUGUACACAGUGCUUCUGAUUCCAGGACCUGUUGCUUAGCAACCUUUAUGAACAAGAGCAAGGCCUUUCUCCCCCCGCCCCCCCUUCCUCUAAGUAGGCCGGGCCACACAAGCAAGUGAAGUUACUGACACCAGCAGGGAGAAAGAAUUGCUUAAAAGUUACGUAAUCUUGCAGUUUGGCUUUGAAGGAGGCCUCCACAUGGCCAAGUAUGUGUUCUUGGCUCCCGGGCUGACGCUGCCCUUCAGCCCUCUUUCUUCUGAAGCUUUCGAAGAGAUCAAACGCCAUGCAGGCCGAGCCUGGGAACAGCACACGCAAGAAGACGCCAGCUGCUCCACCACCUAUUCUGGGGCUUAUGGAAAUAAAAAGCUGGAUGGCUCUGCAUAUUGCCACGUUACCCCCUCCUCUCCUACAAGGGUCCACAAGCCUCACCCUCCAGAAGUGUUUUUGAUAAACCGGCUUCAUUAUCUUUCUGGAAACUACGGCAAUCCUAAACAUGGUGCGACAACCGACAAGGGCUGUCAUCCAAGUUUCUUAAAGUCUUCAAGUAACAGGAAGAAAUUUCAACACCAUUCCCAACAAAUGAAUCAUAAUGCAGUCGUUGUUCCAUCACCAGCAGUACCACUGAAUGAAAUUCAGCAGGCGAUGAAAUACCCCAGGGUAAACGGGAACCAAACUGGAAUAAAAACGGGGACGCCAUCAACUGCAAGUCAGGAUAUUCUGACUGGGUGGCCUGUGACUGGGAGUUCCGAUUCAAUGGGGUUGCAAAUCAUGGAAAAGGUGACUCAAGAUCUUCCUGACCUCAACUGACUGUGCAGGUAUGGCCAUGCCUAAACUGGAGCCAGAUCCAUGUUUCUUUGAAUCAGUUACCAACUCCUGGAGAAGCAAGGUCCAAACAUGGAAGAAACCCCAUAAAAUGUGUUGCAGUAUUCACUCAAAAAGAGCAUAUAUGGUACCUGGGAGGGAGGGGGGUGUUUAGUCCAGGAAAAAGAAAUCUUACAAUAAUAGUACCAGCAGAUACUGGUGGUACCAGCAGAUUUCAAGAGACAGUAAGGAAUUUGCCUUUUUAAAAUUUGCUCCAGAGAUUCGUGUGUGCUCUGAUGCACACACUGAUUUCUUCUGCGCAUGGGUUUUGUUAAUUUCAUUAGCAGGAGGGGAGCACAUUCACAUCCAUUUAGAAAUGUUCAUACCAAUUAUAUGAAAUGCAUUGGAAUAGUCCUUGCAGGUGGAGAAGCUUUACUGCAUGUCUAGAAAAUGCAUUGAUACUGGGGGAUGGGGCUGGAAUUGUGAAUUCAUUCUGGUUUAACCUUGUUGAUAAAGUACUUGUCCACACAAGAAGCUCUUUCAGAGUAUUUGCACAUUACUAUCUACUCUGCUUCCAAUGUGCUUCCACUGCUAGUUAGCCACAAUCCAUCUGUGUCCUGAAGUUUCUUGAGAAAUGCUCCCCUUUGAUGUGUUUCUCCCCCCCCCAAAAAACCCGGCCUCCAUGCUAUGUGAAAACGCAAGCUGAGGUUAAGCGGAUGUGUGUACAGUUCAGACAGCCUUGUGUGCAUGCACUGAUGACAGCUUUCUGAAAAGGAGUUGGUAGGGAGUGUUGCUGGUGUGGGAAAACAAAUCAGGUCAUGCACAUCAAGUGAAAGCACCCUCGCCCACUCUCUGGGGGAUAAACAACAAACACAUUUAAGAGGCCAUAGAUUGUUCAAUCAGCCAAGGGCUUGGUUAUAGAGAAACGUUUUCCCUUGCCCUGAGCAAUUCCUUCAAGAGAUCAUAUGUAUUUUUUGGUUCCAGAACCAGAUGUUCUAAACCAGGGAUGGAGAACAUGUGGCCCUGCAGGUGCUGCUGGAUAUGAAUCAAAUUAUUCCUGCCCAUUGGCCAUGUUGGCUGGGGCUGAUGGGUAACACAACAUGCCCUCGAGAAUCACAGGUUCCUCAACCCUGUUCAGAACCUUUAGCGCGGCACUAUUUGUUAUGUUCUUAUGAAUCAUCGGUGUAAAUUUAUGGAUUAAGAAACAGAAGCUGGGCUGAAAAAAGCAGCUUGAGGAGGGGAAAAAGGGUUUAGGAGGAACACCUUCAGCUUCCUCCAAGCUACUAUUAUUUAGAGCAGAAACAUAAUCUUUGGUAGCUUUUCUUUUUAAGGAGAAUGAUGCAGUAGUAGCUACUACCUUUAAAUAUUAAUAGAAGAUGUUUCCAGGAAUUAUUUCUGAAACAUAAAGGAAGCAUAUUUCACUGCUUUACUGUAAUGUAAACCAUGGUAGUGCAGCCUGAUAGUUAAUCCCCCACCCAGUAGCCAUUUGUGACAAGGGACUGCACAUUUAGUGAACAUGCAGAGGUUGAACAGAGGACCCCAUCACUCCUCCACACCCAGGAUAGAAACCAAAUGGGCUGUUGUUGGAGGAGGGAGUCAGUCCACAAGCUACCAAUUUUUUUGCAGGCUAGGAACUUUUGUGGCCUUAGUUAUAUGCCUAUAUGAAUGUAUUUUAACUUGUAAUUCAAGCAUUGGCAUAAAUUCUACAGGGCUUUAUAGAUGAUAAACCAGCAGUCUGAAUUAUGCAUAGAAAAGGUUUAAAAAGACAACACUGUCCCUGGAGCCUGUUGCAUGAUCUAUUCCUAGCAACACAUUCACCGUGUCUCAAUUUAAACUGAAGCACCAAGUAACCCUGGAAACAUAAAUAGGAAUUUAUCAGAACAGCACUGCCAAAGUAGUAUUAUGCUAACUUUUUAUUUCAGUUUCCCUAGUUCUUCUAGCUAGACAGGCAUUACCAACUUUCCCCACCAGCAUUUAACAGCAUCUGCUCUGUUUUCAACAUUUGGGCUUGAAGUGCUAUUGCUUGUGGAUCCAAAACAUCACCACCCAUACCCAAAAGAGAGGCAUCACCUGGUUUGGGCAAACUCCAAGGUUUUCAGAAGUACAACUAAUCUUUAGGGGGGAAACUUUGGCUUGCAAGUGUGGGUGGGACAGAAAAACUGCCCAAUGAGGACUCAGCAUGCUUUGGACCACAGAAUGCUGUCUUGACAGUUGGGAGGAGGGAAAAUGGAAACCCGGGGAUGAGAACAAAAUAGCCGAGUCCUGUGAAGUAAUCACUCCGUACUGCAACAUUUUGUUUUAGGUCUCCCUUCUAAAUUCCUUAUUCUCUGCACACCCAAUAAUGAAACAAUGGGAAAGAGAGACACACAUGAUGCCAGAGUAUAGCCAACUUUGUUUUUUAAUUAGAGUAUAUAUACUUCCAAACUGGAUACACUAGAAAUUGGCAAUGCAACGUAAGAUGCAAAGAAAUAUACCAGUUACUGUCAAAAUGACCCUGUACAGCCUUAUAAUGCAAAAAGCUUUAUACAAUACAAAUUUCCAUUAAUGUACACAAACCUUGACUGUGAUAUUUGAAUAUGAUACAGCAAGUUAGAAAGGUCGGAGAGGGGAAGCGAGAAAAGUGCUGAGAAUGUAAGCAAAUUACUAGAUGGAAAACAAGAAACCAGCCUAUCUUAAAGAAUGCAUAGUGAGAAAAGCAGAUACAAAGUGAGCAUGUUGGUAGAAAUGUGAAGUCUUUUAACAAGCAAAGGAUAUCUGUAGGGAGCAUUCCUUUCUUUAGCUUCAAACAGCAAACCAAUUAUUGUAUAUGCAAGGGCUUUGAUAAAUACUGUAUUUUUCCCCCUUAAAAAAAUAAAAACACUUUCUGAUGCA